GGAGCAGCCACGCUGGAAGUGACACGUACUGUCAAAUGACAUGUGAUUAGUCACAAUUCUAUAUAGACACGCAGUUCAGUGAAUCCCACAUUUUUAAACACCGCACUUAGAGGGGAAACAUCGCGGACCAAAACUUUAUUUGCUUCUGUGGGAACUUAAGGUAAAGUUUCAGUCGAAGUUGGUUUUAUUCUUAACCAUGGCUGAUGUUUAUGUUCCAAUGCCUCCCUGCCAAAUGGGGAAGUCAUAUCAAGAGUGCUCGCGGCCGGUGAUGGCCCAGCCAAGUAGAAACCAAAGCGUUUCGUUUAGGGCCGAUCUAGGCUCUAAAGAAGACGCUUUACCAUCAUUUGCAAAACUAUUAGACAUUUACAAAUUGAAUCAAAAAGGCAACUUGUUUUUUGCCGGUGGAAUACAGCAAUUCUUAAUUCAUCGCCAAAGGGAAAACAAAAACACAACAGUAGAGAUUGAAGAACUUGCUGACUAUAUGGCUGGGAAUGCAUCUACUUCUUUCAGUGAUCUACCUGCCAAUGUAAAGCUACAUAUCUUUUCACUUCUAAGUGCACAAGAUCUGUGUCGGGUGAGCAGAGUAUGUAAAGACUGGAAAGAGCUUUCUUCAGACAACAUUCUUUGGGAUCAAAAGUUAAAAUUGCACUCGAAAAAAUGGGAGGUUAUUGGCCACACCACAAACCCAGCUAUGUAUAAAGAAGUGCAGUCUGACUGGUCUAAUAAGGAAAUCUACCUGAGAUGUUCUCCUGAAGUAAAUAGACUACGAAGACGCAUGAAUGUUACUUUUCACAAUUUGUCAAGUUGGCUGCGAUAUUUGAUGCCAAGCAGGAAGCCUCCUAUGGUAGCCAUGUUUGGGCCAGGUUUGGAAUCAAGCACCAGUAAAAUUGUUAGGAGGAUUAUUCAAGACAAGGCCACACCAUUUAAAGUGACAGGGAUGUUUCCUGGACACGUGGAAGGAGGUUAUGGCUCAGGAGUAACUGUGAAUCUAAAGAAACUCUUUUUCAACUUGACAAUUUUAUACACAAACACCAAAAAUGAAAGAGAAAACAAAAAUGCAGAACAAAGACUCAGAAAUAACAGACUGCUACAGAAACAGGUGGCUGAUGCAGAAAAUGGAGAGGAGACAUUUGAACUUUGCCAAAGCGUCAAAGAACUGUGCAGGACUGUAGAUGCUUUCAUUUUUGUAGUCGACAGUUCAAAGGAAAAUACUGCUUUGGGUCAGAGCAAGGCAGAACUAUUUGCAAUGGUCAAUGAGAGGUGGUCAUCCCCAGACAUUCCAGUGGUAAUUUUAUCCUGUGUGAAAAACACAACCAUUCCAAGGCAGCCAUGUAUUGAUGUGGUCAACCAGUUGGAUCUUGGGAGACUGUCCAAGCCAUGGCAGGUAUUUGACUGUGAUGUAGAGACGCUUGGAGGUGUUACAGACGGUAUAGAGUGGCUAGUAGAACAAACCCACAGGUUAUAAUCUCAUGCAGUAACUGGAUUUCUUCAUUAGAUGGAGUGGGGGUCCAGAGCUUGAAAUAGUUUUUCAUAAUGAUUAGAUACAAGGUUAAAUUCUUCAAGCCUUUUUAUUCCUGUUCUGCAACUGCAUGUUCUGUGUGGCAUUCGGAAAAGAAUCGACUUUACACAAAAUGAUUAAACUGCGUACUUCAUUUGCAUUUGUCAUCUGUGAAUUACUUAACUAGAUUCUGCAAUUUUUAAGUAUAUAAGAAAGUGUAUUUUUGUGACUUUUGGUGCUGGAAAAAGAACAACAAUACUCCUUAUAAUAUACAGCUUCAGUGUGCAGCAACUUAAGGGGUGAAUUGUCAGAUUAAUUUUUUAACUUAAGCACAAACUGUUUUGCUUACGAAGAGUAUAUCUCUUUAUAAUCAAAUGUGUUUGAAAAAGCAAUAUUGUGAUAAAAUAUGCUCUUUAUUUUUUGCAUUAUUAA